CAACCACAAUAAUAACCAGCUGAGCCGCUUCCUUGUUGCUCUGUAGUUUGCUCGGUCAUUCUGCCAAUGUGUCGCAAUGUUUUACUUCCCAGCUGAAGCUUCUUUAUCAGAAGAAAAACAGAAAUCGAAAGACUGGUCCGGCUAUUCCCUUAUUGUGGCUGCAGUAUCAGUGGGUAAUGUUGGUCAGCUAACAACAGACUUAGUUGUUUCAACUUUAGAAAUGACUAAAGUUGGAUAUAUUUAUGAUGAAAGCCUUUUACCCGUAGUCGGUAACCAUCCUUACUCUGCAGUUAACAGUUCUUCCUGUUCAUUAAUGACAGGCUGUGAAGUGUAUGAAUGUGAGGAAAAGAAACUUGUAGUUUUACUUCAACGAGCACCAUUUGCCAAAGGCAAGCAAUCGGGAUACCGUAAACGCUUAGUUCAAUGGAUUAAAGAGCAAAUGUUUGGCCAAGUUAUCAUUUUAACAAGUAGUUCAGCACAUGAACGUCUUGAUGUUCAACUUCAUGGUUCACAAUUUCGGUUUCUCUUGUCGCCUGGUCAAGAAUCAACGGUUGGAGACUUUCUACAGAACAAGCUAAAGUGGAAACCAUUAGAGAAAAGGCCUUGUUUCCCAGCACCUUCUGCUAUCGAAAGUGAAUCCAACAGGGACCAGAAUAUGGUAUCUCUCUAUAUUCCUGGGGGAGGAAUUGCUAAAACCCUUUUUACUGAUUGCUGUGAUGCCGAGAUUCCUGUUAGUGUCCUGCUGUUGUUCUGUGCUGAAGGGGAUAAUGCCUGGCAUGCUAAGUACCUAGCAACAAUUCUCAAUCAGUGGAUGAAUUUAGUACCAAUGCCAAUGUCUCCAAACUUACUGAUGCCUUCAGAUAUCUGGAAAAUUCCCCCAUCAUGGAGACUCACAUUUGGAAAUACAUUUGACCAAACUCUGUUCCAUUGACCUGAAAUAUUUUUUGCUUGAAAGACUUAAAUAAAUUAUCUUUUUGUCACCAUUCUA